AUGAGUCAAUCUCACCAUGACAUCGAUGAAGACAAAGAAGAGAAAGAAAAUUCACAGAACACUGAAUACGUUGGGGAAUCGUAUUGUGAAGAACUUGCUGAUAGAGUUACUGGCAAAGUAGACAAAGAUCAAGAUAUUAUUCGGAUUCUCGUUGCUACGGAUAUUCACUGUGGAUAUGGAGAAAACAAGCCAGUUAUCAACGCUGAUUCAACAAAUACGUUUGAAGAAAUCCUUCAAAUCGCAAAAAGAGAGCAUGCAGAUAUGGUUCUUUUGGGUGGUGAUCUAUUUCAUGAAAAUCAUCCAUCACGCGAAGUUCUUCAUAGAGUUACCCAAUUGCUUCGAGAAUAUUGCUUAAAUUCCGCGCCCGUUCAAUUGGAAUUUCUGUCUGAUCCAACUGUCAAUUUCUCACAAAGUGUUUUCGAUCGUGUUAAUUAUUACGAUGAAAAUUUGAACGUUGGCCUUCCGGUUUUUACAAUUCACGGAAAUCACGAUGAUCUCUCUGGAAAAGGUCUCACUGCUCUUGAUUUGCUUCAUGAAGCUGGUCUUAUUAAUUUAUUUGGAAAACAUGAAGAUAUUAGUAAAUUUGACGUUGCCCCAUUAUUGCUCAAAAAAGGAGAAACUCGACUUGCUCUAUAUGGAAUAGGAAGUCAACGGGACGAUCGAUUAGUACGUGCAUUCAAAGAUGAUUCGAUUCGAUUCCUGAGACCACAAACUGGCGCCGAAGAUUGGUUCAAUCUUCUGACACUUCAUCAAAAUCGCCCAAGACGAUCGGUACACCGUACUACAGGUUCAUACAUGCCUGAAAGCCUAAUUCCGACAUUCUUCGAUCUUGUCGUAUGGGGACAUGAACAUGAAUGCAAACCACAACCGCAAUACGUUGCUUCGUCUGAAGCAGUUGGAGACGGAUUUUUCAUUCUGCAGCCUGGAUCCAGUGUUGCCACAUCACUAACAGAAGACGAAGCAGUUCAGAAGCAAGUUUUCCUUAUAAAAAUUAAAGGCCGAAAAUUCAUUUCGACACCUAUUCCUUUGGAAACAACUCGACAGAUAGUCGUCGACGAGUUGGAGCUCGGAACUCUGCCACCUGGUACAAAAGUAUCAGAUAAAAACAAACGUCCAAUCACGAAAGAAGGAGAAUAUAUUGACGAGCUUGCAAUCGAAAGCAAAGUGAAUGAAAUGCUCGCAAAAGCGAAAAUGAGCCGUCGACCUCGUCAACCAUUGCCACCGCUGCUCCGGCUUAAAGUGGUUUAUGUCGACGAUUGGGUAAAUGUUCCAAUGGCGAAUGGAAAACGCAUCGGAGUUCGAUAUGAAGGAGUUGUGGCCAACUGUACUGAUAUGAUUAUUGUUAAAAAGGUUGCCAAAAUCGAGCGCGAACGCAAGAAGAAGAGCACCGAAUUCAAAAGAGUUCAAGACGAAAAACUUGGAAAUGUUAGCGCGUCAAAUUUGCAAUAUAUCAUUAACGAUUAUUUUGCAAAACAACCAAUGAGUGAGAAGUUGACAGUUUUGAAGCCGAGCGAUAUUGGAAACGCGAUUGAGGCGUUUGCUGGAAGUGAAGAAGGAGCGCCAAAGGCUAAAUUGGUUAAUGACUUUGAAAAGUCAUUGCAGCGAUCUGUUGACUUGGUGAAGACGAAACUUCAGCUCAUGGCGAUUCCCGAAAUCAGUUUUAACAAGAAAGGCGAAAUCGAUUUUGAGAGCUUUGAAAAUACGAUUGCAAGUGAUAUAAAAACGCUCAAAGAGGAAUAUUAUAAAAAAUUGUGCGAGGGAAUAAUUGAAGAAGAGGAAGAAAUGAUUCCGACGAGAUCGAAUUACGAAGAAUCAAUGACACUAGGAAGUGACGAUGAUGAUGAUGAUGAUAUCGAAGAAAUUCCACCUCCACCAUCAGCCCGCGGAAGGGGGCGAGGUCGUGGAAGAGCUGCCACAAGAUCAGCGAGAGGAACUCGUAGUAAGCAAACUACGCUCUUUUAA